GUCAGCAGGCACUUAGUACUGUUACUGACGUUCCGUGCUGUGUACGAUCGCUCGUCGCUUUAUCGUCGCCGCCGUCUUCUUCAGCUGGACAACCGACCGGCUGAGUCGCGGACCCGAGUUUUACUAUGCGCCGCUCUUAAUAUACAUAUGCGGUUCGUAAGUGGUGUUUCGCGAUCUCCCAUCUCCGCAUCUCCUUUCGUCUCGUGUUGCUUCUAUUUUUUCUCGAUGCGUAUACCGGUCCUGCGUGUUCCUUCACCGGCCUUUCUCUUUCUCUCUUUCUCUCUCUCUUCUUCGUAAGCGCGACGGAUAGUUCACGAUCUCGCGGCGAGCACAGGUGUGCACGAGGUGCUAACCGUUUUCUCGACGAGCGGGGCCGCGGGGCCUUACACUUCUCUCUCUCUCUCUCGGCGGAUCGACCUGAUUCGAGCACAGCCGUAAUAAUUCGUCUCAGGCUCUCCCUCGAUUGUCCUUGCUGAUCGGUAAAUCGCUCGGGAUCGGCCGGAUUUCCCAGUGUGAGUGUCCGAUGUACAUGUUUCCUCGCAUUUCCGUUGAACGACGGAAAAGGGCGAUCCUGCGUGAAUAUCUUGGGAUACGGUCUUUCCGACGGAUUCAGUCUCUCGUUGGUACCCCAAAGGUCGUGGAAAGUCCGAAGAUACGCGAUGAUCGUUUGACGCGUGGAACGUCGAUCGCUAAAUCAGCCGAAUCGCAGUGUGAAUCGAUUCGUUAAAAGGAUUGCUUCGUGCUUCGGAGGGGUCGAACAAGCACGGCGACGUAUUAGUUUCGCCGCUGAAAUUAGCGAUCUUUAUAGUAACGCUCGAUCAAAGUCGGGACUGCACACGUUGUGCGAUAAAACGUAUCGAGCUACUGUUAUUCUUUCGAUAUAUAUAUAUAUAUAUAUAUCGACGGAAUAAUAUAAACUCGAUACGUUAAUCGUGAUCGACGCGAUCGACGUCACGAGAAGCGGUCCGUUGGGCACUCGACUUUGAUCGAGCGUAACUUCAAUCCGAAUUACGGUUGGGCGGUGAAUGAAUUCCGUUCGAGCGAGUGCCCGGUCGUGGUUCCCGGGGAUCGUCGCGCGAUCAACGUCGUUCGUUCGGCGAGACGGGAUGCGAGUAGACGCGAGCGUCGGCGUACGUCCGGAGGUCUGAGUUGUACCGAGGCGAGUCCGGAGCGGUGAUUUCGUGCGCACGUAUGGACGGGAACGCGACGAUGACCGUGCCGCCGCCGCUGCCAGCGAAGACUCCUCAGGGUCGGGACGCGAGCCAGGCCGGCCGGCAGACUGUGUCAAUCCGGGCCCCCUCCGCCUCGCCGUCCCUCGCCCCCGGGCCCGGAGCAACGGUAUUCGUCGGAGUCGGUGCUCCUACCGCCGACGAUUCCGCGACAACCUGCGGGAGAAGAAUCCCGGAAGUACGAUCGGCCGCGAACGGCCACGAAGCGGAGCGCAGCAGUGUCGUCGAGUCAUCGACGCGGCAGCAGCAACGGCGGCAGCAGGCCGCGCACAUAGUCAAGAUCAAGAUCAACCCGGAUGGCGAGAAGAACGUCGGCAGGGUGAUAUCGACGGUGCGGUUGACCCUGGAGGAAAACGGGCUCGCGUACGAACUUGGCCCGGCCGGCGACGGUGGUGCGGUGGUGGUGAGUGCGACGAACCUGGUGAACGAGCGACGCUGUGAGAGUGCCGGUGAGGGCUGUGUGAGGAUCAGUGUUUUCGGCGGCGAGCCGCCGGCCGAUAAUCGCGAGGACGAAGACAACGACGGUGGCGCGAGGCGCGAUCGAGAGAGCGACGACAGGAGGAGCGAGAAGAAAAAUAUGGUGCACCGUGAGAGCGCGGAGGCCCUCAACUCGUCCUCCCUCGGCGGCCGUCCGGCGAACGCCUGCUUCUACUACAACUCGUACCAGGGCUCGCUGAACGGCAUGGUCAUGUCCAGCGGACAGUGCUCGCCCAGCGACACCCUGGACAGCGGUACCUGCAGCGACCUCGACGGCACGCCGCCACCGUUGCCCAAGAAGAAGAACGCCAGCACGGUGAUCCUGUCCGGCGGUACGCACAAUCGGACCGGGAGUCUGACCAGUAGCGGCGCCGAGGUCGACAGCGACGACAACGAGAGCAACAUCAGCUGCGACUCGCUGAACGGCGCCGAGGUGAACGAGGACGCCGCCGAGUACCGCGUCCAUCGUCCGGGAGGCACGACGAAGGACAAGGUCAAGGAGGAGAUCGCGGUCGUGGAGAAAUUAGGGGGUCGGGUCGAACGAUUGACGAGCGAUGAUCGGCAGGUCGAGAGGUCGGGCCCUCGUCAGCGAGGCUCCGCUCCGUGCUCGCCGGUGUCGUCGGCCAGCGUCUCGCCGUCGCCGUCCGGAACGUCGUCCCUCUCGAAAGCCUCCUCGACGCCGCGAGUGAGGAGUCCCGAUCUCUCGGCGACCGAGCUCAACGGCAAGCCGUUGUCGCCGGUCGUCAAGGAGUACACCUACGAGGAGAGGAAGCUACGGGAACAGGAGAGGAUAGAGCAGGGAUCCUCCGCGGAGCCUGCCGGCCAGUCGACUGGCCACAAGUACCUGUACGAGGACGACAGGUAUUACAAUUUCCAUGUGAACGAACUGCGCGGUAACAACAGUAACAGCUCGAACGGCGAGCACGCCGAGAACGAGGAGUGCUUCGCCGGCUAUAAGAUGCACGAUAAGGAGGCCAUUAGAAGUGCCAAAGGAACUGUACGCGGGGUGAAGAAUAGAGUGCGAGCGGGCAUCGCGACGUUCCUGCAAACCCCUUCUUCUAAGGCUUACGUGGAAAGGGAAAAAGGUAAAGUGGUGCUUUACACAACUUCGCUAGGCAUCGUUAGGGAGACCUUUACUAAUUGCAUGAAGAUGAAGCAAAUGUUGUGGACAAACAUGGUCAAAUACGAAGAAGCGGACUUAUUCCGCGACACGGAAUUACAAACCGAAAUCAGGGAUCGCACCGACUCGGAGGUCGUGACAUUACCACAGCUCUUCGUCGAUGGUCAACAUAUAGGAGGUGUCGACACAGUCGAGCGACUUAACGAGUCGGGAGAGCUACGCCGUAUACUGGAACCUUACCAGUGCAAGGACGCGUGCGUUGUUUGUACCUACUGCGGCGGAUUCCAGCGGCUGCUGUGUCCUGUCUGUCACGGCAGCAAAAGGUCCGUACAUCGCAAUGACUUUACCGUGGAAUUCGUCGCUCUAAAAUGCGCCAAGUGUGACGUUUUCGGUAUGAUACGCUGCCCGCAUUGCUGAAGGGAAGACUUCGUCCGUGCGAGGGGAUCCCACGUACAUCUCUGCUCAAAUUUCAUUUCUUUUAACCUAUGGCCACCUACUAACUUACAUCUCUAUUUAAGACGCUACGAGGGUAUAUUAUGCUAUGCCUUAAGGAACGAUGUAAACACAUACAUACGUAUACAUACAUACACACACUACAUACAUACAUACGUGCGUACGUGCGCGCACGCGCACACGCACGAGUAAACGCAUCAACACUAACUAAUCGCGUAGCUGUGCUGUCGUGCAUGUUGUAAAAUAUCGGUCAUAAUAAAAGUUUGUGUAAAGUUUUGUAA